CGGUUUUCAGAGGCAGCGGACUCCAUUCACAAACCUGAUAUUUUAAUAUUUACCUGCUGCUCAGAGCAGAAUAAUCGGUCUGUGAUGCAUCGCAAACAUCCUCAGUCAGUGCAGACACAGGACUAAACUUCGGCUCAGGUCUGAUGAUUCAAAUACUGACCAACAGACCAAUGAGGGGAAUUUAAGAAAACGGACUCUGAAAUUGGAAAAGUGUUGGACAGAAUUAUGCGCGUCUUAGAGAUCUCAUCUAAACAUGUUUACACAUAACGGGCACUGCAUUACAUGUCGGCUGUUUUAACGACACCGAUGUGCAGCCAGCAGCACACAGUUAAUAUUAUGUUGGACUCUUCGUGGUGAAUCAUUUCCUGCAUAUGCUGAAUUAUCAAAGUGCUGUCAAACUCGUGUGUGGAUGACUAAUAACAACUCAGCCUUAAACAGGGAGAAAUUUGAAUGGAGUCUGGAUUCAACAAGAAUCAUCUGAAGGCGCCUGGAAGAGGAUGGACUGCGACAGGUGCUGCAGGAGAUGGAGGCACUUUACGAGCAGAACCAGAGUGACGUGAACGAGGCAAAGAGCGAAGGUCGCGCCGAGCUGAUUCCCUCCAUCAAACUGCGCCACUGCUGCCUGCUGAGGAACCAGCGCUGCGUCACCGCCUACCUGUACGACCGGCUGCUGAGGAUCAGAGCGCUGCGCUGGGAGUACGGCAGCGUGCUGCCCGCCAAUGUUCGCUUCCACAUGUGUGCAGAGGAGCUGCAGUGGUUCAGUCAGUAUAAGAAGUCUCUGGCCUCCUUCAUGCGCUCUCUGGGGGGCGAUGAGGGUCUGGACAUCACGCAGGACAUGAAGCCUCCAAAGAGCCUCUACAUUGAGGUGAGGUGUCUGAAGGACCACGGCGAGUUUGAGAUCGACGACGGCACGGUGAUCCUGCUGAAGAAGAACAGCCAGCACUUCCUGCCGCGGUGGAAAUGCGAACUGCUGAUUCGUCAGGGCGUCCUGGAGCAUGUGGUGUCCUGACGAUGCAGAUGUUUCAGCAGCUGGAAAACACCUGCACUUACCUUUAUUCUGGCCUCUUCUUCUGAUGUGAUAAUAAAUGUUUUUUUCAA